AUGGUUUCAAAGAAGAAAAAGAAGUAUUCGUCGGGAGAAGGAGCGCAGUUUAUGACGAGGAAAGCUGCACUUAAGAAAUUACAGCUUUCAUUAAAAGAUUUCCGACGUAUUUGUAUUCUUAAAGGCAUAUAUCCGAGAGAGCCAAGAAAUCGAAAAAGAGCUCAAAAAGGCGCUGGUGGUAUCAAAACUCUAUACCAUACAAAAGAUAUAAAGUUCUUGUUACAUGAACCAAUCAUAUGGAAACUCCGAGACUUGAAGGUUUAUCAACAAAAGAUUCGAAGAGCUCGAGCUACAAGAGAAUUUGGACGAAUGAGAAAAUAUUUACGAGAUUAUCCGUCUAUUAACAUUGAUCACAUAGUUAAGGAAAGAUAUCCAACAUUUGUAGAUGCCUUAAGAGAUCUUGAUGAUUGCCUUACCUUGUGUUUUCUCUUUAGUACCUUCCCAUCGCUUAAGAAGGUUCCCAGGAAUCAGUCUAUGCUCUGCAGAAGACUAACAGUAGAAUUCAUGCAUGCAGUAAUUGCAGCAAAAGCUUUGCGUAAAGUAUUUGUCUCAAUCAAAGGAUACUACUACCAAGCUGAAUUUGAAGGACAAACCAUAACAUGGAUUGUUCCACAUCAUUUCUCAUUCCAGCCUCAAAACAAGGAUGAAGUGGACUUUAAAAUUAUGUCAACAUUUGUUGAAUUUUACACAAUGAUGCUUGGAUUUGUAAACUACAAGUUAUUCCAUUCCAUGAAUCUGGUUUACCCACCUCAGUUAACAGCAGGAUUCUCACCAGAUAGUGAAAAGGAUCUUAUAGAUGAACAUGCAUAUGUUGCAGAGAGAAUUGCUGCUCUAAAUAUUUCUUUAGCAAAAGUUGCUGGGGCUAAUGAAGUAGAAGAAUUGCCAGAAAUUGAUAUAUUCCAAUCAGAAGAUGGUGAUCCACAGAAAUUAGAGGAAGCAAAGCAAGAAGCUGAAAAGGUUAAAAAAUUGAAGACAAUGUUCAAAGGUCUUAAAUUCUUCAUAAAUAGGGAAGUUCCAAGAGAGCCCCUUGUUUUUAUAAUAAGGUGCUUUGGUGGUGAAGUUUCAUGGGAUCGUGAUCACUUUGUAGGGGCGACCUUUGAUGAAAGUGAUGAGUCCAUAGCUUACCAGAUUGUAGAUAGACCCAGUAUGGAUAAGCAAUAUCUUUCACGAUAUUAUGUUCAGCCUCAAUGGGUUUUUGACAGUAUAAAUGCAAGAACACUGCUUCCAAUUAACAAGUAUCUAAUGGGGGCUGUUCUUCCACCUCACUUAUCACCAUUUGUUGACAAAAUAAAGGACCAGGUAUACAUACCUCCUGAAGAAAGAGCUUUAAAAGACCCAGACUUCAAACCACUUGAUGAUGAGCCAUCUGGAAGCGAUAUUGAGGAAGCUAGUGAUGAAGAUGCAGAUGAAAAGAAUGAACAGGAAUCUGAAGAAGAUGGCGAUACAGCUCUAGCACGACAGUAUCAGCAAGAAAUUGCAGAAGACUCUCCCUCGGAUGAUGAAGAUGGAGAAGACAAUUUGGAUCCAGAGAAAAAGAAAUUGGCUAAAGAAAAGAAAAAAUCAAUGGCUGUUGUGAGUGGCGUGCCGUACAAAGAAAAUCCAUAUCAAAAACAAAUAGAAGACAAACAAGCAUUUAGAUUAAGGGAAAAACUUGUACGAAAGAAACACAGAAAUCUAUAUAAGAGUAUGAAAGCUGGUCAAGAAAAGAGGAAAAAAGAGAUUUGGCUGCUCAGAAAGAAGAGGCGUCUUCACGACGAGAAAGUCAAAGAAGAAAAGAAAGCAGAGAAACGUAAACAGAAAAUGCAAGCAUUUGAAGCUGCGACAGCUUAA